GUUUGGUUAACCUUUCUUUAAUAAAAAUGUAUAUAAGGGUAAAAUUGUUAGUUUACAAAAAAUGUAGAGGUGAAGGUAUAAUUGUAGGGGUUUGAGGUAAAUUUUUCCGUAGUAUUGUUACUUGGGCUGAAAUGGUGCCGGACAAUCCAACCCGUUUUGACUUAAUGGUACUAUGCUACAAGUACGAAGAAGAAUCCUAACCUAAGUGUACUGUGUAUCAUCUCUCUCUCUCUCUCUCUGAAUUAGAAUUUGACCAAUACAGUUGUGGGUUUGAUUCAGCAGAUCAAGAUGUGUCUUCUCAAAUCUGCUCUGUCCACCCUCCGUCAUCGAGCCGCAGCACAGGUAUUUCAUCACAAGCUCGGAAAGGAAGGAUUAUGGGCUCCAAGGGUACACCCACCCAACCAGUCAUUCACUGAUCCAUCAUCAUAUCACACUCAGAGUGUUUUGUUGAUUAUGUUUCCUUUGUUGGCUUCAACUUCGAUGCUCAUUCUUUUGGCUAGAGACAAAUACAUUAAUCGGUUUUCUCGUUUUGAUUGGAGCCAGGAAGAUCCAAAAAAGGACUUUAUGACAAAACCUAUUAGGGAAUGGACCGACGAAGAUAAAUAUGAGUAUUUUAUUGCAAGAUAUAAACGCUUUGGGACAUCUAGUCUCUAACAACUAUUCUUUGAAAGAGCGAUUUACAAGUCUAGCUGUUAGGCUCCAGAACUUUGACGAAUGUUUGCUCGAUUUAUCAUUUUAUUUACACCCUGUUUAUUGUAUUAUCAUAUUUUUGACAAUUUUAAUUUGCAAUUAAUUGUUGAAAAUUAAUACCAAA